AUGCAAACCUUUGCUCAAAAGUUUACAUAUGACGUAGCUUUGUGGAUAUUUAACUUGAUGCUGGAUAUCUUCUUUCGAGAAGUACGACCUAGAGGAGCGCAUAAAAUACCCAAAGAAGGCCCUGUUAUAUUCGUUGUAGCUCCACAUGCAAAUCAAUUUGUAGAUCCCAUUGUGUUGAUGCGAGAAUGCGGUAGGAGAGUCUCAUUUCUGAUAGCAGAGAAAUCGAUGCACCAGAAAGGCAUUGGAUUCUUUGCUCGCAUGAUCAGUGCCAUUCCAGUGAUUCGUCCUCAGGAUCUAGCAAAGCCUGGCCAGGGCCGCAUCCAACUCUUGAACCGUAAAACAGAUCCUCUUCGUAUCAUUGGUAUCGACACUCAGUUUACAGCCCAAUUAAAGCCACGCGAUUCCAUUGUGCUUCCCAAGGGGUGCGGUGUAUCCGAAGUAGAUCAAGUCAUCUCGGAUACCGAAAUCAUCAUCAAGAAGGAGUUCAAGGAGCUGAGGGCCAUGGAGAUACUGACACAGAGCGACGGCACUGCGUAUAAAUGCAUGCCCCAUGUCGAGCAGGAUUCAGUCUACAAGUGCGUUCAUGAUGAAUUGAAUAAUGGAAGAUGCAUCACUAUCUUUCCCGAAGGUGGUAGUCAUGACAGAGCAGAGAUGUUGCCGUUGAAAGCUGGUGUUACAUUGAUGGCGUUGGGCGCAAUGGCAAAAUACGAAGGAUUGGAUGUCAAGAUUGUUCCUUGCGGGCUCAACUACUUUCAUGCACACCGCUUCCGAUCUCGUGCAGUCAUUGAAUUUGGUAAUCCCAUCACUGUAUCAGCUGAACUCGUUCAAAAGUUCAAAUCAGGAGGAACCGCAAAGAGAGAAGCCUGUUCUACGCUUUUGGAUAGCAUCUAUAAUGCAUUGAAAACUGUGACAAUCAAUGCUGGAAGUUAUGAAACACUAAUGUUGAUUCAAGCAGCAAGACGUCUCUACAAGCCUGCACACAAGAAAUUGCACCUAUCUCAGGUGGUGGACCUGAACAGACGGUUUUUGAUUGGAUACAACAUUUUCAGGGACGAUCCCAAAGUGAUGGAAUUGCAACAAAGAGUCAUGGCAUACAAUCAAUUACUGAAAUAUCACGGCAUCAAGGAUCACCAGGUGUCCAAAACCAGCAAUGAAAACAACGGACGGUUAUUGUGGCUUUUGAUCAAGCGUAUAUUCAUCUUGACCAUUUUGGGUUUGUGGGCAUUUCCAGGUGGCAUUUUGAAUCUCCCCGUGGUGAUUGUCGCUAAAGUUAUCAGUCAAAAGAAGGCACAAGCUGCUUUGAAAAGCUCAACCGUUAAAAUUGCUGGUCGAGAUGUGUUGGCGACAUGGAAAUUACUGGUUGGAUUGGUAUUGUUGCCAACAUUAUAUGCGUUUUACAGCUUGAUCAUGUUCAUUGUUGUAUUACAAACAAAUCUCGAUACUAAAUGGAAGCUCAUUUUACCCUUGGCGACAUGGAGUCUAUUGCCAUUUGUGUCUUAUGCUAGUUUGAGAUUCGGUGAAAUCGGCCACGAUAUCUUCAAGUCCAUUCAACCUACUGUCAUGGCAUUACUGGAUCCAAAAGGAGCCGAAACUCUUCGCCAAAACAGAGAGAAAUUGUCGAGUAAUAUCACUGAACUCAUCAACGAGUAUGGACCCAAGGUGUUCCCUGACUUUGAUGCCAAUUACAUUUCAAGAACAACGGUGCCAUCAACAUUUAGCCCUGUUCCCAGUCGCACAACAAGCAUCAGUAGCAUGUCCUGGACAUCGGCACCUAGUAAAUUACCCAAGAUUGCUAGUGGAUUCUUCCAACAAGCAACUCGUAUGAACUGGCUGGACGAUAAGAACAUUUUCAAUUGGGGCAGAGCCGAAGAUUCGGACAUGGCGGAUGAUGUGUUCUUCUUUUUCGAUCGGUUCUAUGGCAACAUCAGUGGUCGCAGUAGAAGUGGCUCUGUUAGUGAGUCGGAUUCACGAUCUGCCAGUCGAAAUCGCAGUCGAGCCAACAGUAUCAGCAAUGAAGGAUUCAUCAAAGUGGAAGGCAUGACAAGUUUAUCCAACACCAAUAAUAAUAUACCAGACGAUCAUGUAGCUGCUGCUGUUGUUCCUGUCAUUAAUAUAUCUGAUCAUCAAAAGCCUCCAAGCACGAAGCCCUUGACUUCAAGACGUAUAUUCAGGAUUGAUGAUGUGGAAGAGGAUGAGGAAGAGGAGGAAGAGGAGGAGGAUCGUUCAGUACAAAAGUUAUCCAUAGGCGACAGCAAAAAAGAUAUAUAA